AUGGUCACGUCUUUUGCUAUUCUUUUUCUAUCAAUUGCUAUAAUUGAAUCCAUGGCAGGAAUUCUAGGAAAUGGAAUUAUCUUGGCUGACAGUUCAUCUAGCUGCAUUAGGAACAAAACAUGGUCCCCAUAUGAUAUGAUCAUGAUCUCUCUGAGUUUAUCCAGAAUCAUUUUGCAAUGCUGGAUUAUACUGGAUUUAUUCUUAACUAUAUUUUGUGAACAGUCCUGUUAUGAAGAAAAUAUCGUAGUGAUCAAGACAGUCUAUAUGUUUCUGGACUACUGCAGCCUCUGGUUUAGUGCCUGGCUUAGUGUCUUCUAUUGUAUCAAGGUUGCCAGUUUUACACACUCUUUCUUCAUCUGGCUGAAGCAAAGAAUUGCCAGGCUGGUGCCCUGGAUGAUGCUCACAUCRUGGCUCUACUCCUUCGCAACCGCAAUUCCCUUCGCCUGGGAUGACUACRGUGUGCACMUCAACUUCACUGCUCCWCUCUCCAUGGCAAACUCUUCAGCAAUGAGAACCACAAGGAAAGACARUUUGRGUUUAUUMAUUCUUCUSUGUAAYGCAGCUAUAAGUUUGCCUUUAAUKCUGUCUGUUGUUUCRAGUGUCCURCUGAUUCGGUCUCUGUGGGUACACAGCAGACAGAUGCAAAAUAAUGCAAGUGGCUUUGGAGAUCCCAGCUUAGAGGCCCAUGUGAAAGCCAUCAAAUCAGUCUGUUCCUUACUUAUUUUUUACAUUACAUAUUUUAUAUGUUUCAUUUUUCUUCUAUGCAAUAUUUUUUCGCAUUUUAGCAUCGAAAAAUGCAUAUGUAUAGCUGUAAUGGCUGCCUGUCCWACAGGACACACAGUGGUCUUAAUUUGGAGCAAUCCAAAAUUUCAAGAGCUGSCAGCCAGRAUUUGGCAGUACACAAACUGUCCUGCCCGAACUAGAUCCAUGUAA